UUUCAGCUGGGCCUGGUGCUGAAAGGGAAGAGGAACAUAUUGACUUGAUGUUAGUGGGCUGAUACUCCACCACAGAUCUGCACAGACUCCCAUGUCUGAUAUUUAGACAUGGGGAACGUGGUGCAUAUGGGGACUUUGCUGCUCUUUGCCAUAACAUUCACACAAUUAAGACUGGUAAAAAAUGAGGAGGUUGAGACCGAUACUGAUCCUUUAAUCUGCACUCAAUUUGGCCAAUCCUACCAGAAUAAAGACGUGUGGAAGCCGGAGCCCUGUCAAAUCUGUGUGUGUGAUGAAGGAAUAAUACUGUGCGAUGAGAUAACCUGUGAAGAACUAUAUGACUGCGAGAGACCAUACAUCCCAUUUGGAAGUUGCUGUCCCGUGUGUCAAACUGAUAUAAAUGAGUAUCCAAACAACAUAGGUAGAGGAGAAAAGGGGCAGAAAGGUGAACCAGGGGAAGUCCGCAGAGUGGUUGGAAUAAGAGGACCACCAGGCCCAGCAGGUCCACCGGGUUCACAAGGACCAAGGGGAGUGGAAGGCCCAAAGGGACCAACAGGUGUGCGUGGCCCACCUGGAUCUGAUGGUGUUCCUGGAAUUCCUGGACAACCUGGUCCUCCUGGUCCACCUGGACAUCCGACUCAUCCUGGCUUUCAAAGUCAGCUCGCUUCUCAAAUGGCUGGUGAUAAUGAAAAGUCAGGUUUACGUGGCCAAGUAGGAAUGGUGCCGGGAGUUGCGGGUGAAAUUGGACCAAGAGGACCUCCAGGAGUCACGGGACCCCCAGGCCCAAAAGGUCAGCCUGGUCCUCCAGGAGAGCCUGGUGACUUGGGACCGAUGGGUGGAGCUGGAAACCGUGGCCCUGAGGGGCCACUUGGAAAACCUGGUGAAGAUGGUGAUACUGGAAAACCAGGACGAAGUGGUGAGCAGGGAUUCCUAGGACAACAGGGUUCUCGAGGUUUCCCAGGUGCCCCUGGUCUGCCUGGUAUCAAGGGUUUGAGGGGACACCUUGGCCUUGAAGGACGAAAAGGUGAAAUUGGAGCUCCUGGCCAGAAGGGCGAUCAUGGUUCUGUUGGUUCAAUGGGGGCUCCAGGUUCUCUGGGCCCACGGGGUCUUCCGGGUGAAAGAGGGCGACCAGGUCCUCAAGGAUCUCCAGGUUCUCGUGGUGCUAUUGGUGCUCCUGGUCUGACAGGUGCCACGGGUCCUAUUGGGUUAAUGGGUGCUCCAGGUUUCCCAGGACAGCCUGGUGCCAAGGGUGGACCUGGCCCAACGGGUGUCCGUGGGCCUGAAGGACCCCAGGGACAACGAGGUUCACCAGGCCGUCAGGGUACACCCGGACCAAUGGGCACCAUGGGACCAGCUGGGAUUGAUGGAACUUUUGGUGCAAAAGGACCAAUGGGUUCACCAGGUGUUGGGGGUCCUGCUGAUUUCCAGGCCCUCCUGGGUCUCCUGGUCCACAAGGGAGCACUGGUCCUCCUGGAAUCAAAGGUCAAAGGAGAACCAGAUUGCCCGCAGGGAGAACCGGGACAAAUAGGCUACAAAGGAGAACGUGGAAUCAAGGGCGAGCCUGGUCCACCUGGUCCACAGGGAGCAUUUGGUCCAAUGGGUGAAGAAGGCAAGAGAGGACUUCGUGGUGACCCUGGUCCAGUUGGUCCUCUUGGUACAGUUGGAGAAAGAGGUGCCCCAGGUAAUCGUGGUUUUCCAGGUCAAGAUGGGUUACCUGGUCCAAAGGGUGCCCAAGGACAGCGUGGUAUCACAGGUCCUUCAGGUCCUAAGGGAUCUGUUGGUGAUCCUGGCCGCCUUGGCGAUCGUGGUCUCCCAGGGGCAAGGGGCCUUACAGGAAAUUCAGGAGUCACAGGUCCAGAGGGCAAACCUGGAGCUACGGGCCCACCAGGUGAGGAUGGACGUCCAGGCUCACCAGGGCCAAUCGGACUGAGAGGUUUACCUGGUUCUAUGGGUACAGUAGGGCCAAGGGGUAAUCUUGGUGAUCCAGGUAAGACUGGUGAGAGGGGACCACCUGGUGCGUCAGGUCAAAGAGGCACACCUGGCAAGGAUGGAGAAGCUGGACCUCAGGGCCAUGUUGGUCCAAAGGGUCAAACAGGUGACAGAGGAGAACAAGGUCCUCCUGGUCCUCCAGGGUUCCAGGGCCUGCCUGGACCUCCAGGUCCUCCUGGUGAAUCUGGUAAACCUGGAAGUGAGGGCAUCCCCGGUGACCUUGGUCCGUUAGGUCAAUUGGGUCCAAGAGGCGAACGUGGCAUUCCAGGUGAACGUGGUUUACCAGGUCCUCCCGGUCUUCAAGGUCCCAAAGGAAUUCCAGGAGCUGCUGGUAAAGAUGGACCUAAGGGUCUUCCUGGACCUGCUGGUAGUACUGGAGAUCCAGGCCCUCCAGGUCUUCAGGGAAUGCCUGGGGAACGAGGGCCUUCUGGCCCUUCAGGUCCUAAGGGAGACAGAGGUAUCGAAGGUGAGAAAGGAUCUGAAGGUAAUCCAGGCAAUGAUGGUGCUCGAGGUCUGCCUGGCUCUCCAGGUCCACCCGGCAGUGCUGGUCCUGCAGGAGAUAAGGGUGAACCUGGCUCUAUUGGACUUCCUGGACCUCUGGGUUCCCGUGGAUCUCCAGGUUCUCGUGGUGAGACUGGUCCCGCUGGUCCCGUUGGAUUCGCUGGACCUCCAGGCAACGAUGGACAACCUGGAGUUAAAGGUGAAACUGGUGAACCCGGUCAGAAGGGUGAUGCUGGCUCUCCAGGGCCACAGGGACUAGCAGGAUCCCCUGGUCCAGCAGGUCCUAUUGGAGUUCCAGGACUUAAAGGUGGACGUGGCACUCAAGGUGCACCUGGUCCCACUGGCUUUCCUGGGCCUGCAGGCAGAGUUGGACCACCAGGACCAACUGGUGAGCCAGGUCCUGCUGGUCCCUUAGGGGCUCCUGGGAAGGAAGGUCCUCCAGGUCUGCGAGGUGACACUGGUUCACCUGGAAAGACUGGUGAUCCUGGCCCUCCAGGGAUACCUGGUAGCCUCGGUGAUAAAGGUGAAUCUGGAGAAGAUGGUCCAACUGGCCCAGAUGGUCCUCCAGGUCCACAGGGUACAACAGGACAAAGAGGUCUUGCAGGCAUGCCAGGUCAUCGUGGGGAAAGAGGCAUGCCUGGUCUGCCGGGCCCAGCUGGUCAACCUGGCAAACAAGGACCAACAGGCUCUCCCGGUGAACGAGGCCCUCCAGGCCCAACUGGUGCACAAGGUGCACGCGGGCCACCUGGUGAAGCUGGUCAGGAUGGCCUUCCUGGAGUUGAUGGCACCCCUGGACGUGAUGGUCGUGCAGGAGAGAUGGGAGAUCGUGGUGAUCCAGGUCCUGCAGGUGUUCCAGGGGUACAAGGUAGUCCUGGAGCCCCAGGUCCCAUUGGUCCAACUGGAGAGCCAGGCGCUAGAGGAGAGACAGGUUCUCGUGGUCCAUUGGGUACUUCUGGUCGAGCCGGGGGUCGCGGAUUGCCAGGCCCUCAAGGUCCACGCGGUGAUAAGGGAGAGAAUGGAAUUCAAGGGGAACGAGGUCAGAAAGGUCAUCGUGGAUUUACUGGUUUACAGGGUCUUCCUGGUUCUCCUGGUCCCUCUGGUGAACAAGGUGGUCGGGGAAUUCCAGGGCCAGUUGGUCCCAGAGGACCUCCUGGUCCAGUUGGGCCCCCUGGAAAAGAGGGCCACAUUGGGUUACCUGGACCUAUUGGACCACCUGGAUCGCGUGGGACUAUUGGAGAAACUGGUCCCGAGGGUCCGCGAGGUGAAGAAGGGCCACCAGGUCCCCCUGGGCCUCCUGGUCCUCCAACUGCUGCCUACGAAGAUAUACUGGGCAACUAUGGCAUGCAACCUGAUUCCCUUGACGUACUCAAUGCCGAUGAGACCUCUGACACUGUCCCGAUGGAUUCAGGUGUGGAUGCCACCCUGAAGUCCCUAAGCAGCCAGUUGGAAACCAUGCGCAGCCCAGACGGUUCUAGAAAGAACCCAGCUCGAACGUGCCAGGAUCUUCUAUUCUGUCACCCAGAGAAGAAAAGUGGCGAGUACUGGAUUGAUCCAAACCAGGGCUGUGUUGAGGACGCGAUUGAAGUAUACUGCAACAUGGACACUGGGGAGACCUGUAUAUUUGCUGACCCGUCUGAAAUCCCACGCAAAUCCUGGUGGAGCAAAAGGAAUAGUGACGAUGAUAGACAUUUAUGGUUUGGUGAUUCUAUGAAUGGUGGAUUACAAUUCAGUUAUGGCGACAAGAAGCAUUCUCCAAAUACUGUUAUGAUCCAAACAACAUUCCUCCGUCUCCUGUCGAAAGAAGCUUCCCAAAAUAUUACCUACCAUUGUAAAAACAGCAUCGCUUACAUGGAUGACCAAACUGGCACACUUAGGAAAGCACUGAUUCUUAAGAGUGCCAAUGACAUUGAAAUCAAAGCAGAAGGAAAUAACAGAUUUAAAUAUACCGUCCUGGAAGAUGGCUGCACUAAACACACUGGUAGUUGGGGAAAGACGGUCUUUGAAUAUCGAACACAGAACACAGCACGACUUCCCAUUGUGGAUAUUGCACCCUUGGAUAUUGGGGGUCCUGAUCAGGAAUUUGGCUUUGAAAUUGGCCCCGUUUGUUUCUUGUAAAAUAAAAAGGACAUGGAGAUCUUGAAGACAUUCCUGGACUCUUGAAUUAAUGGCUGAUCAAAUCAGCACUGUAUAUAUAAAUACUUAGAAUUUUCCAGCCCUCCACAACAAUUAUUUAUUGUUCAUAUGAACCCGUUGAUAGAAGCAAAAUGUGAUUAAAAACUGUAGAAAUUAUAAGGCAGUUUUUAAGUACAGUAAUAGCUAUUGGCUCUAUUGUAACAGGAAUGGGAACAGUUAAGAUUUUAACUCUUAAAAUUUACAAGUAUUAAGUACAGGCUGAGAUGGUCUAAUCUGGGAAUAUUCCAUCCAAUAUUUGCUGGGGAUGAGUUACCAUACUGACACUAAGCCUGGGUUAGAGAACCACAUCUUCACAUCCCAGGUUUCCCCGAGCCACGGUUCCUGUCAGCACUGCUCCCUGCUGAGAGUGCAAAAUCAGUCCUCCUAUCUAUUCAUUUUAGAGUUUACUUUAAUAUCAAGCUUUCCUACCACACUUACAACAGAUUUAGUUAAAAAAAUACCCCAAGUUUAAGCUACCUCAUCUCUGUCAGAAGCUAGGAUGUGUUAAUGCUUGUCUGAUUAUUUUUUUCUCCAAGGUGCUAAAAUUUCCGGGGCUUCCGUCUGUGUUUGUUUACGGAACCAGGAGAUAGAGUAAAGAAAUGAUGGUGCUAGUUACUAAGAUCCUAUUUCCUUUAAGCUUUUGAUGAAGUAGCUGUAGACCCCAUCACAUUAAUGCCAUGUUGAUCGCCAUUUUAUUAUUACUGUUGUGUCAACAUUUGAGUAUGAAUGGUGUUCCUUAUCUCUCAGUUCAAUUAGUAAAUAGAAUGGUCUGCAUGUCUUGAAAGUUAAAGCAUGUAGGCAAAUCCAUUUUGCAAUGUUUCUUUAUCUCUUUAACAAUGUUCUUUAAUUCUCCAAUAAAAAGGACCAUUUUACAAGGAAAUCAGAAACACCUAUGGUUGAAUUAAUUGAUUCCCCCUCCCCCCCCCCCCCCACCGCCCCUCAGCCAAUGAUUGUAAACUUGUAACUAACUGAUCAUGGCAUUAAUAAAGUGUCUAACACUCCAACUGCUUCACUUUUUAAGCAGUAGUACCAGUCCUAUGAUAAUAAACCUGAUGUAUCUUUGUUAAAAGAGAUACAGGUUUCGACUGCAGUGGAAACAUUCGAUAUUCAGUGGUAAGAAAUUAAAAUAAAUUGUAGAAUAUGUACUUGCAUCAAGAUCUAGAUUCUUACAAAUUAUAUUCAUCUAGAAAAUUAUUUUAAUGCUACUGCUUUUGUGUAAUGAACCAAUAAUUAUAUAUGCAUGAUUAUUAAUGCUACCAGAAAAGUCGUCUUUAUUCAAUUGAAUGAUCAAUUGGUCAUUUCAGAUUACAAAACACAUAGCUGGCCAUUCUUCCGAUCAGUUACUUUGCAAGGCUGCAUUUCCUCAUUGUCAUUUUCAUUUCUCUACACUUUAUUUGCAUACUAUUUGUUGUGCAUCACAGUAAUUUUGCCUUCCUUUGGGUAUACUUUAAGUACUUCAUUUAAGGCUAAAUACAAUGUAACACAAAUGUUUUUGCAACAUGUUAUUUGAAAAGGUUUUUGUGCCAAAUUAAUGAGAUUAGAUGGGAAUUUAAAUUUCCACAUGGCUCAUUUAUUAUAUCUUAUUUGUUUCUCUUUAUUCUGGUGCAAAAAUCACUCCAGUUGGAGACAUGUACACAACACUCUGCCUGUCAUGCUUAUGGAAGAGAGCCUCUGUUUUUAAACUUGCUGUAAGACCUUAUUUAAUUAUCUGAGCUUUUCUGAACUCUCUUAUGUAACAGUAAAAAAUGAAUAGGAAAA